ACGAGGUUGAAGGAAUUCGAGGGAAUCCCUACCUCCCCACACCAAAAUCUAUCACAUUCUUGUGUAUUUCUCAGAGAAUGGCUGCUACACAACAAGGGAAAGUUGUUCUUGUAACAGGUGCCAGUUCGGGUAUAGGUGCUGGAACUGCUAUUCAUAUGGCACGUCUUGGGUGUUCGCUGGCAUUGACUGGAAGGAAUGAAGAGAAUCUUCUAAAAACAGUUAAAAAAUGUGAAGAGGAAGGAAUCCCAAAAGAGCAGAUAUUCACCAUUAUAGCCGACCUAGCUCACGAAGAAGAAACAAAAAAAGUUAUGGAACAAACAAUAGAAAAGUUUGGAAAAUUGGAUGUUUUGAUCAACAAUGCAGGAAUAGUUGAGACGGGAACAAUCGAGACACAUACUCUAGAACAGUAUGAUAGAGUCAUGAAUAUUAAUACAAGGGCAGUGUUCUACCUCACCCAGCUUGCCAUUCCACACCUGACCAAAACGAAGGGUUCCAUAGUAAAUGUCUCCAGCAUUACAGGAAGUCGAUCAUUUGCCGGAGUGCUUGGCUAUUGCAUGUCCAAGGCAGCUAUAGACCAGUUCACUAGAUGUACAGCACUAGAACUUGCACCUAAAGGAAUACGAGUUAAUGCAGUCAACCCUGGAGUUAUCACGACAGAAAUCCAUAAAAGAGGAGGAAUGAAUGAAGAACAGUAUCAACAGUUUCUUGAAAGGACCAAGACGACCCAUGCAUUGGGAAGACCAGGGGAGGUGAAUGAAGUCGCACAAAUGAUCGUUUUCUUGGCGUUUGACACAGCAUCAUACAUCACUGGGACAACCAUUCCAAUAGAUGGCGGUAGACACGCUAUGUGUCCCCGAUAAAAGAGUAAAUUGCAUUGAAUAUCAGGGACGUAUUAUCAUCACUAUUUGGUGUAUUGCCAGUAGCUCCUCAUGACGUCUAUACAUGUGUUUCAGGGAUUUCUAACUCUGUACAGAGUGUAUACUCAUGUAUCUACUAUAAUCAUGUAAACAUGUCUCAAUCAUAUAUAAAGGCUCUUUACAAUUACUCUUUACAAUUAGUGUGUGUAAAGUGUUUAUGGACACCCUGUAGAUUUCUAAAAAUAUUGUCAUAUGAAAAAAAGAAAAUUUGCCAUUACUCAACAAGUGUAGCUCCAUUGUACUGCCACUGAAUAGUGAAUUAUGUGUUGUGUAAAUCAGUUUACUCUGUCUCUUCAUUUAUUAUGUCAUUAACACAGGUGAUAACAUCUUGUUAUAUAGUCUCCAACUCUUGUGCAUGGUGUUCCACAUUCAGCGAUUGACAUUGUGUUCAGUGGUCAGCAUCUGUCACCAAUGGCAGGUGGUGACAUUUUGUA